AUGACACCUACAGCCAUUGUGAAAAGCUUACCAUUUGGCCCCAAUAUCAGAGUUGCCGUCAUCGGUGCUGGCAUAAGCGGCAUCUCUACAGCAGCUCACCUCCUACGACAAGGCGUAAAUGUCACGGUUUUUGAAAGAUCCGGGGAGCCAGGCGGGAUUUGGAAUUACAAGGAAACCCCUUCGCCAGGUCCAAGCUACCCAAGCGUCCUCCCGUCUAUCGACAAUUAUGGUAGCUUAGCCCCUGUUCAUGAAAAGAAUGGGAAGGCCGAGUUCUCCGACGGCCAGGCUGCCCUUCCCAAUGCUCAUGGGUUGCAAAACGGAGAGCCGUUCUUUGCACCGUCUAGUGCCUGCUAUGCGGGUCUAUACACAAACAUUCCUACCAGUCUCAUGUAUCCUAGUCUCAAAUCUUGGCCAGAAGAUACUCCCAAUCUAGUCCCGCAUUCGGCCGUCAAAAGCUUUCUACAAGAACUGAGCUCUGAAUCUAAUGUGGCUCAAGCCACGGAAUAUUGGACUAGAGUGGAGAGUGCAGUCAAAAAUGAGGAUGGGAAGGGCUGGGCUUUGAGGACAAAAACUUUAGUUGCGGACGGAGCCUCAAGUGAGACUGUUGAGAAGAGUUGGAACUUUGACGCGGUGGUGGUAGCUUCUGGGCACUACAAUCUUCCCCGCGUUCCCGACAUUCCAGGACUCGCAGAGCUGAAAGGCCUUUAUCCGGAUCGUGUCAUACACUCAAAGCAGUACAGACGACCCGAGGCUUAUCAAGGCAGUGCUAUUUUAAUUGUGGGAGGUGGAGUCUCUGCGAUGGACAUCAGUCGAGAACUGUCGCACACCGCCGCAAACGUUACUCAAAGCACCCGUGGUGGUGAUUUUGAUCUUCCCGAAAGAUUGAUUCCCAAGUCUGUUAAGCGCGUUGCGGGCAUCGCUAAGUUUUCCUCGGCAACAGACUUGGUUGAGUCAGGCCAGAGGCAUCAAAGCGGUGCUAUCAAUGUUACGCUGAGCGAUGGAUCCGAACUGCGAGGUUUUGAUCAUGUCAUCCUGGCAACAGGCUACCUCUUCUCGUUUCCCUUUCUGUCCCAAUUCCACUCGGAUAAAACUCCAGCAGCGGCUGUCGACGAAUCGACACUCGUCGGGGCAGAGGGCGACAUGGUUCACAACUUAUACAAAGACAUGUUCUACAUCGAGGAUCCAACGUUGGUUUUUGUCGGUCUUCCGUACCACGUUGUCACUUUUUCCACGUUUGAUUACCAGGCGCAAGUUGUUGCACGGAUCCUUUCCGGACUGUCAUCCUUGCCUAGCGGUGCAGAUAUGCGGUUGGAGUACGACCGACGAGUCAAAGCGAGCGGUUUUGGCCUCCGAUUCCAUAGCCAGGGCGAGGGGGAUGCUGAGCUGAGAUAUGUAAGAGAACUCAUAGAAUUGACAUCUCCAGAGUACGAAGGGUCAGGUGAACCUCUUUUGGAACCUACUGACAAGUGGCUUAAGAACUAUGCUGCAUUCAAGGCGGGGUUAAAGGGUUAG